AUGGAGUGGUCUUCCCAGGAAGACAAAGAAACAGGCGUACAGCUUGAUGCCGAAAAAAUUACUCCUCAAGACAUCACUGAGCCUCUAUAUCCAGAAACCGACCUGGAUCGCGGUAUAGUUGGCUGGGAUAGCCAAGAUGAUCCACGAAAUCCUCAGAACUUCUCCGCGAAGAAGAAAUGGACUUUGCUUUUGUUCCUCAGCGCGUUCACCUUUAUUUCCCCACUCGCGUCGAGCAUGUUCGCACCCGCAGUGGGUUUCAUGGCAAAGGACUUCAACGAAACAAAUGAGACAAUUCUCUCUCUAAGUGUCAGCAUCUUUCUCAUCGGAUAUACGAUAGGUCCUCUCCUUCUGGCACCCUUAAGCGAGAUAUACGGUCGACGGAUUGUUUUAAGCGGCGCGAACUGGUUCUUUGUCGUAUGGCAAAUUGGGUGCGCUCUCGCUCAAAACAUUGAAACACUCAUUGUCUGUCGACUCUUUGCGGGCAUCGGUGGAUCCGGCUGUAUAACACUUGGUGCGGGAGUCAUUGCAGACAUGUUUCCUAUCAAACAGCGCGGGGCUGCCACCUCGAUCUGGACCAUGGGGCCUUUAAUUGGACCGGUCGUAGGCCCUAUCGCCGGUGGGUUCCUUAGUGAAGGCGUGAACUGGCGAUGGGUUUUUUGGCUCUUGCUUAUUGUGGGUGGUGCCGUACAAGCUGCGAUUGAAAUCUUCAAUAAGGAAACCUAUGCCCCCGUUUUGAUCAAGAAAAAGACAGCCAAGAUGGCUAAGCAGCUAGGUCGGACGGAUCUUCAGAGUGCUUAUGAGUAUGGCCAUGACGUCGGUACCCCUGGCCAGCUUCUGAGAAGGAGCCUGUCUAGGCCGAUCUUACUUCUGUGCAAGUCGCCCAUCGUCCUCUUGCUUGCGAUAUAUAUAGCUCUCAUCUAUGGGCUACUCUAUCUAUUCUUUACAACUAUUCCGGAUGUCUUCACCAGCACCUAUGGUUUUUCGGUUGGUCUUUCAGGUCUCGCGUAUCUUGGGAUCGGACUAGGAUUCCUAGGUGGCCUUACUCUCAUGGGGCUCACCAACGAUCGCGUUGUUGGAAAGCUCACAGCCCGGAACGGAGGAAAAUUCGAGCCCGAGAUGCGUCUGCCCACGAUGAUAAUCUUCUCCGCUAUCUUACCUAUCAGUUUCUUUUGGUAUGGUUGGACAGCCGACAAACAUGUCUUCUGGAUCGUGCCCAUCAUUGGCAUGUUCCCCUUUGGGUUUGGCAUGAUGGGAGUCUACAUGCCCACCCAGACUUACGUUAUCGAUUGUUAUCCGAAGUAUGCAGCCUCGGCUAAUGCUGCUCUAACAAUGACUCGGUCGCUGGUCGGAGCUCUCCUUCCACUCGCGGGGCCUCGAAUGUUUCGGACUCUUGGACUGGGAUGGGGAAAUUCGCUGCUAGGAUUUGUUGCUCUUGCCUUCGUUCCGAUCCCGAUCAUCUUCAAUAAGUACGGGAAGACUAUUCGAGAGAGAUGGUACCUGGAUUUUGACAAGAAGAAAAGUGAAAAUGAGUAA